AUGAGCAACCCCUGUCUACAUGGAGGCUACUGUGAGGAAACAUUAAAUGCUUAUAUCUGUCACUGUCCGCCAGGAAUAUCUGGAUCCAUCUGCGAAAUAGCAUCACAUGUCGACGUCGAAUUUACAACAUUAGACAUAGCUAGAAAGGAGCAUAUCCCGAGUACACCCAUUGGAACGGGAUCCACCCACACGAACCACUUGCUAGAAACAACGUUAGGAGAAACGAUGAUACCACGCUCUAUAAGUGCACCAAGCGAAGUGGAUGUGAGUUGUCCUGCUGGUUGGAUAGCGGGAUGGAAUAAGUGCUACUAUUUUUCCAGGUAUAAACUAACUUGGAUCAAAAGUAAGGACUUUUGUCUUGAUGCUCUCAUCCUAAAUAGUACUUCCGGGUCACGGUCAGCAGCAUCACUUCUGGCAUUUGAGAACAGUUUUGAAGUAACCACGUUCAACAAUUUGACAAUGGAACUUUCCUUGCUGAACAGUGCUUUUUGGUUGAACUGUCGAGGGUGGAAAGAGGAUUGGGAAUGUCAAGUUGACUCCUGGAAAAAUACGACAUCAUUCCGAGACUGGGCACCCGGUGACCCUACUUACAGUCGAGUGGCAAAGUGUGCCGUGAUGGGGCCGUCCGGUGAUAAGUGGUCCAGUAAAACGUGUGGAAGAAAAUUCAAGUUCGUCUGUCAGGUCAGCUAUUCUCAGCUCCAGGGAAUGGAAAUCUCGUCCUGGAAUUCUGACAGUUUUAGUUUUGAAAGUAGCUCUAACUUCAAUUUUCUUGAUCAGAAAGACAAUGAUUCCACAUCCAAAGAAGAUCAUGGAAGGUGGGAUGGAAUGAGAGGAUGGGGAUAUGAUGAUUACCAUGGAGGUGGAAGGGGAGGAGGGGGAUAUGAUGAUUACCAUGGAGGUGGAAGGGGAGGAGGGGGAUAUGAUGAUUACCAUGGAGGUGAAAGGGGAGGAGGGAGAUAUGAUGAUUACCAUGGAGGUGAAAGGGGAGGAGAGGGAUAUGAUGAUUACUAUGAUGUUUAA